GCGCCUUUCCCUAGCUCCCUGCAGCAACCAAUCUCCAUAAAUCAAUGUUCCUUUAUUCAAUCCCGAACCCUCUCUCCCCCCUCUAUCAGAGCGGCUUCUUGCAGAGUGUAGAGUGGACGCUCUCUGAAUGCCCACCACUGUGGUCCAAAAUCGCCGUUAUUACCGGAGGACAGAGCGGGAUUGGGGCUGAGAUCGUCAAGCAGCUACUCCUACAUGAUAUCGGACAUGUCGUCGUUCUCGCACGGAGUCGGGAGAAGUUUGAGAUUGCGAGAGAGGAGUGGGGGAAGAUUACAUGCCAUGAGGAGGUGGCUGAAAGGGUCGAGUUUGUGGAGUGCGAUCUUACGGAUUUAAGGGUUGUGGAUAGGGUUGGGAAGGAGCUGCUUAGGCGAUUGGGGAGGUUGGAUAUGCUGUUUUUGAACGCUGGCAUUCCGAACAUACCAAACUACGAACUCUCCCCACAGGGUGUAGAAACCAUAUUCGCAGCAAAUCACCUGGGGCACUUCCACCUGGUAAACACCCUCCUCCCGCUAAUACUCUCAACCCCCAAAACCCACUCUGUCUCAUCAACCCGAAUAAUCGUCUCUUCGUCAUCUCUCCACCACCUCUGCGGAUCCAUUGACGUCCAAUCCCUCACCUCCCCUACCCCCCCUUCCUCCAAAUUAGGUACUGCCUACGCCUCGCUCUACCGCUACGCCCGCUCGAAGCUAGCGAAUAUACUCUUCGCCAAAGCCCUCUCCCGAAGAUUGGAGAACGAGAAGGUCUUUGUCAACGCCUACUUCCCCGGGAACAUACCUACCUCUUCCAUGGACACUUGGAAGGAGCAUUUCGGGAAUGCCUUCGGAAGCGUGUUUUCCGAGUUUUUCAGGUGGAUAGGGCAGACUUUGGAGGAUGGUGCGACGACAGGUGUGUUCUUAGCGGCCGCGAAGGAGGUCGAGACUGGUGGCUGUAGGGGCGAGUACUGGGUUCCGAUUGCGCGGAAGGAGAGUUGUAGCACGGCCGCUGGUGAUGAGAGGCUGGCGGAGAGGCUAUGGGUUUGGAGUGAGGGUUUUGUGAAGGGGGCUCUGCAGAGUGGGCGUGAAGUAGCUGUUGGUGCUUCUGUUGAUGCUGAUGUCGAUGUCGAUGCUGAUACCUGAGGGGGAGUAAUUGCGGCAAUUCCCUUAUUCACCUUUUUCACGUUUCCGGGUAACCUAUCUUUUUUGUUU